AUGCGCCACCCCGCCGGCGUCAUCGUGGUGGCUGGGGUCACCGGCGUCGGGAAGUCCAAGCUGGCGAUCGACCUUGCUCGGCAUCUCCACCCGUCGCCUCCAUCCGGCACACCAGAGCCGCACGUCGAGGAUCUGGCCCUCACGCGGCUCCCGGCUCCGGGGCUUGGGACGGCGGCGCCGCUGUCUGGUCUUAGUGGCUUUGUCGAAUCGGACCCCCGGCCGAGUGUCAUCAACGCCGACUCGCUACAGGUGUAUGGCUCUUUGCCGGUGGCCACGAACCACGUUACGGUGGCCGAGGCCCAAGGCGUGCGACACUACUUGCUGGGAUCAUGCGACCGGCCAGACACCGAAGGCGAGCCUGCCGGCUCGGGGACCGUGGCACUGCCUCCGGAGUGCUGGGCCGGCCGGUGCCCGCUCGCUGACGAGUACAGUGUGCUACGCUUUCGCGAUGAGGCCGACCAGCUUAUUGCCGCACACCGGGCGCACGGCCGUACGCCGAUCAUUGCCGGCGGAACGCACUACUACAUCCAGUCACUGCUCUUUCCCUGCCUGUUUUUGGACAGCCAGCCCAAUGCGGAUGGCGUGCCGGAGGAAGUUCUUCAGGAACUUGCCGAGCUGCGAACCAUCGAGCCGGGGGAUUUCUCUCGCGGCGUGCUGCAGGCCAUCGGGUACAAGGAGUUCCGCGAGUGGUUCCAAUGGCGAGAGGCGGACGGUGCCAGCACGGCUCCUUCGGAUGAGGCCGUCCUUCUGCAGGAGGCAGUCGAUCGGACCAAGACCGCCACCCGGGCAUACAUCCGGGCCCAGCUCCAAUGGAUCCGCAAGCGCUUGAUCCCGCAGGCCGGGUACCGCCUUGACGGGGGGCCCGCAUCCGUGGAAUCACCCCGGUGCCUGGUCUGGCCACUGGACGUGUCUCCGGUGCUGCGCGGCGAUCGGAGCUGGGAUGAUGCGGUGCUGGCCGAGGCGCUGGCAGUAUCGCGCGCCUUCCUCGGUGGUGUGGAGGCUCCCUGCUCCGUGUCUGCCGCCACCGACGGCUCGGCCCCUGUGGAGGAUGAGGUCAACCUUGCCCGGCCACUGCCCGGGUGGUUUAUCAGCCUGCUGAAUGGUGUGGCCCGACCGGGGAAGCGCCGGCGCGAUGACUCCUCCACCCUUGCACGGGCAGACGCUCCCAUGUUGGACCGGGUCCUGGUCCCGCCGGGCGAGUGGCGGAAGUUUGUUUGUGCCACCUGCUCCGGCCGCGUGCUCAAUGGCCCGCACGAGUGGCAGGUCCAUCUGCAAUCGCGAUCGCACAAGCGCCUGGCCAGCCGGGCCCGGCGCACGGAGGCACGUGCGGCCAGCCGCCCCGCUGUGGCCGACAGCCCGGAGCCACACCCGGCCCCGGCCCCGGAUGAUUCGCCUGUCUGA